AUGGCACUGGACACUGAGUUUGGUGUGAAGAGCAGCAGCAGCAUCAUCAGAGAAUGGAGCGGACAGGUCCAUCCUGCUCUAGUUGCCACCUUUGUUUUCCUCUUCUGUGUGGAAGCCUGCCUCUGGGUCAGGAACCUCAGGCUGAAGAGAAGACUGCCGGGACCUUUCGCCUGGCCCGUGGUCGGCAACGCAAUGCAGCUGGGCCAGAUGCCUCACAUCACCUUCGCCAGGCUGGCCAAAAAAUAUGGCAACGUGUACCAGAUCCGGCUGGGCUGCAGUGAUGUUGUGGUUUUGAAUGGAGAGAGAGCGAUCCGCCAGGCUCUGAUACAGCACAGCACCGAGUUUGCAGGCAGACCGAACUUUCUCUCUUUCCAGAUGAUCUCGGGAGGCAGGAGUUUGACAUUUACUAAUUACAGCAAACAGUGGAAAGCACACAGGAAAGUUGCACAGUCCAGCCUCAGAGCAUUUUCCUCUGCAAACAGCCACACCAAAAAAGCCUUUGAGCAGCACGUUACAGCCGAGGCCAUGGAGCUGGUGCAGGCAUUAUUGCGUCAGAGCACUGAUAGACGGUAUUCUGAUCUUGUUCAUGAAUUUACAGUAGCUUCUGCUAACAUCAUGUGUGCUCUCUGCUUUGGGAGGAGGUAUGGACACGAUGACCUAGAGUUCAGGACCUUGCUAAAAAGAAUGGACAAGUUUGGGGAGACAGUAGGUGCUGGUAGCUUGGUAGAUGUCAUGCCCUGGCUUCAGUCCUUCCCUAACCCAGUCCGUAGUGUCUAUGAAAACUUCAAGAACAUCAACGAGGAGUUUUUUGGUUUUGUGAAAGACAAAGUGAUGCAACACAGAGAGUCCUUCAAUCCUCAGGUGACGAGGGACAUGAGCGAUGCCAUCAUCAGUGUGAUUGAGCACGGAGAAGACAGCAGGCUGACCAAAGAGUUUGUUGAGGCAACAGUCACAGAUCUGAUCGGAGCAGGUCAAGAUACAAUUUCAACUUUCAUGCAGUGGAUUCUCCUCCUCCUGGUCAAAUACCCAGACGUACAAGCCAAACUGCAGGAGCUCAUAGACAAAGUAGUCGGCCGAGACAGACUCCCAUCGAUUGAAGACAGAAGCAGCCUGGCGUACCUGGACGCCUUCAUCUAUGAGACCAUGCGCUUCAUCAGCUUCGUCCCCCUCACUAUCCCACACUCCACAACCUCAGACGUCACCAUCGAAGGGCUCCACAUCCCCAAAGACACGGUGGUGUUCAUCAAUCAGUGGUCCGUCAACCACGACCCUCUGAAGUGGAAGGACCCUCACGUGUUCGACCCCUCGCGCUUCCUCGACGAAAGCGGGGCCCUCGACAAAGACAAAGCCAACAGUGUGAUGAUUUUUUCAACAGGGAAAAGACGCUGCAUCGGUAACCAGAUCGCCAAGGUAGAGGUAUUUAUAUUUACAGCAGUCCUGCUACACCAGUGCAGUUUUGAGAGCAACCCCUCUGAGCCCGUCACUCUCGACUGCUCUUAUGGGCUCGCACUGAAGCCCCUUCCAUUCCGUGUCAGCACCAAGCUGAGAGGAAAGCUGCUUGGCUUAGUUUCCCCAGCAUGAACAGCUUUCCCCCAAAUACUGAGACUCCAGCAAAUACUUUCCCACCUGUGACAUUUAGAUGAGAGUAGGCUAUCCAUAUACCUGCACUAAAUCGUAUGGUUGUAUGAUUAUCAUAUUUAACAGUGAUAUUUAAUUCAUAUCUUAACAUGUUCUGUAUUUGAAUUAUUGUCAGUGCAGGGCUGAGGACAUGAUUUUAAAGAUGUAUCGUUAGCUGCAAAAGGUCAAAAAGCAUGCUUGUGGACUCCUGUGAUACAGUGUAAAGGUAAUAGAUGUUUGUUCACACUAUACUUGAUCAUUUUUGUACAUAUUUCUGGGCCGUGUGUUUGUCUUAUGCCUAUCAAGGAUAUGAGUGGAAAAAUUAGCUAAAACCUUUCAAAGUCAGUUUAAACUAUUAUAACUGUGUAUGAAAUGCUUGUGAAUGUCAUCAAGUCACUAGCUGACUUAUUGUUGUAACUUGUAAUAUGUAAAAUAUAUGUAUUUAACCAUUGCCACAUAAAGUCACAUAAAAAUGUUUAUAUAUAUAUAAUUUAGUUUUUUCAGGAAUUCCAAUUUAAGCUGUUUCACUAUCUACUGUACUCACAGAAAGAACAAAAUAAACAGAGUGUGUUGA